AUGAAUAAAGAUAAAUAUAAGAAGGUAAAAGGAGAUCCAAAUCGUUCUAGGUCAAGAGACAAAGAAAAGAAUGAGGUGCUAAGGUUUCCUCCUAUCAAUCAGGAGUAAUUUAGAGCAGUUGUUAUUGAAUUUAUGCUGAGUGAUUAAUUUGAUUACCCUAUCUCAGGCGGUGAAUUAUACACUUACAUAAACACAAUAUUUUUAGUAUUGCAUUAAUUCAUUCAUUUAAGACCAAAACAAGUACUCCAUAUCUGAGAAAUCUCUAAAUUGAACCAAUUCUAAUUUAAUUAUCGGAGGCUGGAGCAAUCAAUUUAUCUAAACUUGCUGUAGGCACAUAUUUACAGGAUUUCAUUUUAUCUAUCUCAAAAGAGAAAUUGGGACAAAUGAAUAUCCAAUAUUCAAAGGAUAAGCCAAAGCAAAUGCCUACAGUCGAAGAAUGGAUUAAAGAGGAAAUCAGAUCAAUUACAAGUGGAUAAACAUUUCUCAAAAUUGAUCACUUGUUGGAUGAAGCUAGAAAUUAAAAAACUAAUGUUAGUUUAUUGCCAAAGAUUGCUGCUUAGAAAAAAAGAUUGAUUGAAAAUGUAGGAAACAUUAGUUUAAAAUAUGAAGAUAACGUUGUUUAAUUGGCAUUAGAAAGGAAAAGAGCAGCCUUGUUGAAAACUGAAAAUUACGAUGAGGAAGAAGCAAAAAGAAAAUUUACAGAAAGAGGACUUUAAAUAUGUGAAAAUUUCACAAGAGACAAGUGUAGAAAUGUUUAAUGUCAGAAAACCCAUUUUAGAAAGAUACUCAAAGCAAAUACAUAAACAAAAUUAGGUAAUUGUACAUAUCUGGAUUAAUGUCCUGAGUAAGAAUAAUGUAAAUACAUACAUUACAUUCUCGAUGGAAAUGAUGUUGAUUGGCAAAAAAGAAUUUAGACAGCAUUGUCUAAUCAUAAGAGUAUGCCACCUCAAUGGAUUAAUUGUGAUUUGAGAAUCUUUGAUUUCAGAGUCCUUGGAAAAUUUGACGUUAUUAUGGCUGAUCCACCUUGGGAUAUCCAUAUGAAUUUACCUUAUGGAACAUUAAAAGACAAGGAAAUGAAAGCACUAAGAGUAGAUUUAUUGCAGAAUGAUGGAAUCAUUUUCUUAUGGGUCACAGGCAGAGCCAUGGAAUUGGGAAGAGAAUGUUUAAUUCUUUGGGGUUACAGAAGAGUUGAAGAAUUGGUUUGGAUUAAAGUGAAUCAAUUGCAUCGUAUCAUCAGAACAGGAAGAACUGGCCAUUGGCUUAAUCACAGCAAAGUAAAUUAUUAUCUUAUCUCAUAGGAACACUGUUUGAUUGGAAUCAAAGGAAAUCCUCAAUUAAUCAAAGGAUUAGAUUGUGAUGUCAUUGUCUCAGAAGUUAGAGAAACUUCCAGAAAACCAGAUGAAGUUUAUGGUAUUAUUAACAGAAUGUGUCCUAAUGGAAAAAAAGUUGAAUUAUUUGGAAGACCUCAUAAUUGUAGACCAAAUUGGAUCACUCUAGGGAAUCAACUCCCAGGAGUCUACCUCAAAGAUGAUGGUAUAAGACAGAGGUAUUUGAGUUUAUGAAAUUAUUACAUAGAUUCAUGGAAGCUUAUCCAAGUGUAGAUAUUUCAGAACACAAUAUGAACGAUAAUUUAGUGUAGAUGUCAAAUUAAGAAAACCUAAAUGUAAUUUAUAACAAUCAUAUUGGAAAAAAAGAAUGA